AUGAAUUCCAACAUCCAAUUUGAAGUUACCGCUCCUGGCAAAAUAAUUCUUUUUGGUGAACACAGUGUCGUUUAUGGGAAACCAGCAAUCGCGUGCGCUAUUGAUCAGAAUACUUCACUGGCAUUUACUGAAAAUUUUUGCAAUAAUCAAAAACCAAAUAUAGUCCCGUGUCGCAUUAUAUUACCACUGAUAAAUUAUUCUGGAAUGUUGACUAUCCACUUGGAUAAAAAAUCAUCAUUUUCUCCUUCUUCAUAUUUUAAAGAAACAAUAAAUAAACUGAAUAAAAAUGAACCGUUCUUAAAUGAAAUUGAUUCUUUGUCUGGAAACACCAAAAAAACACUCGUUGUAUUGCAUUUUAUUUUUGGAGGAAUACUAACAUGUUAUAUGAAACAAUUGAAAAAUGUUUCCUUUACCAUCGAAGUGAAAACUGCAUUGAAGUUAGGAGCUGGAACUGGUAGCUCUGCUUCGUAUUGUGUUUCACUGGUCGCAGCAUGCUUGUCAUAUGUCAAAUUUAAAAUCAAUUCAAACGUAGAAAUACAGUUUGAUCCACAGUUGGAUGACUUUCAUUCUCAAAGCGGAGACAACUUAUUAAUAAUAGAACCAUUUACGGACAAUUUUGCUUUUAGUGAUGGGGAAAAAAGCUUAAUCAACAGAUGGGCUUUACUGGCUGAAAAUUUCAUACACUCAAAAGCUUCUGGUUUGGAUAAUACAAUAUGCACUUACGGUACAAUGGUCGAGUAUACAAAGCUCAACAGUUAUAAGCUUUUAGAAGCUCCAGAACUAAAAAUUCUUUUGAUAUAUUCUGGAGUUGAAAGAUCAACUGGUCAUGUGGUGAAAAGUGUAAGAAAUAAGUACAACGAUAAUACCUAUAGACCUAUACUUGAUUCCAUUUUCGAUUCAAUAGCGAAAAUUGUAAAUGCAGCUGCAAGCGCAAUUGAUUUAAUGGCUCAAAACCCUAAUCUAGAACUUCAACAAAUUCAAGUUUUACAAAACCUUAUGAGCAUGAAUCAAGGAUUGCUGAUGGGGUUAGGUGUAUCCCACGAGACACUGGAUGCUAUUGUGGCUAUACUAAAGAAGUUUGAUUUGCACGCAAAGCUUACAGGAGCUGGAAAAGGAGGCUAUGCUAUAUGUCUUGUUCCUCCAAAUGUUCAUAAGUCAAAAAUACAAACUUGUAUACAAGAAUUGAAGGUUUAUGGAUAUGAAGCUAAUUUAUGUACAAUCGGAUGCCCUGGUGUUAGAGUGCAAACUAAAUAAAAUAAAUUUAUACACAUUACCUAUUAUGCUAGCUUUACACUCUCAACUAGACCAAGCAAGGAAUUUAUAAUUAUCAGUUUGUAUUUGAUACUACUAUUUAUUUUUUCAUUUUAUAUGCUUAAUUUAUUUGUUUAUAUUUGGUUUUUAAACAUUUAAUAAUGUCAAAAAUUUACUUAGUAAUAUUUUAAAGUUAAUAGAGUUACAAAAUAGGUCUCAUUAUCAGAUUGAAUUCAUAAUUCAUGUAAUCAUGAAAAAUGUAUAAGACAUAAGUAAUAAUUCCAAAAAUAUAAUUAUUAAAAUUAAUAAAUUCAUAU